AAUACCAGAUCUUUGAUUUAAUUUGCUUAAUACUUCAAACUGUUUUCCAGAUUUGAGAGCAAAGGUGGAAGAAAAGUUGACAGCGAUUUUGCAAGUAUCAUUUUAUGAUGUCGUCGAAAUAUCAGCUGAAUUCUCCGCUGAUGAGACAGCAACACAGCCCGAGGAAUUCAGUAAUACAACUGCUGCCCCGACAACACUUGUCGUUUCACCAAGUCAUAUUUCUCCCAUAGCCCGAAAUGUUACUGCAACCGUUGACCGAUCGUUGGCGACCCCGACUAUUGCAACGUAUCAAAAUGACACAUUGACAACGUUUAUAAAAAUGAAUUCAACCUAUAGCAAACUUUAUGGAAAUUAUAUGGUAACAACGCUGGAAGCGACUACUAGACAAGAUAACAUUUCAACGCGUGAUAUGACUACCAACGACAUAACGACUGUUGAAACUUCACCAAAUAAUGAUUACCUAUGCGAAUUCGCGUUCAAUAAUGAAUUUUGUUACUGGACCGAGGUUCAACAAGACAGAAAAAUAAAUUACGGGCGUUCUGCAGAAAUGUGUAACAGAGGAAAUGCAGACGUGGCGAUCAUGCGAAGUGAAGAAGUUUACAAUAAAACAAUACAAAUCAUGCGAUCAAAAAUUAUGUCACUAGCUCUUAAUGACACUCUUAUAUGGAUACAAUUGGAAUUGAAUCCAGACGCCACCAUCGUAACUACACCAAAUGACGGAUUCAUAAAAUGGUAUCCGGGCGAACCGAGCGGCAUAGGAACAGGCGAAACAAAUGUUGGUCUACUUGUCAAUCUUCAAUACCACGAUAUUCUUAUGCAAGAUGGAAUGUUAGCUCUACGUCCAUCUUCUUAUACCAAUGGCGUUGUUUGUGAACUUCCGUUGAUUAAACUCACGCAAAUAACAACUACAAACACCAAUAACAAAACGAGUAAAAGCACCGCCUUCUCCAGUUCAUUAUUUACCAGUUCAAUCCAGACAUCAGUUCCUUCGAUCGUAAACUCGUCAUCAGCCACUCUUCCUGGUAAUCAAUGUGAAAUAUGGAUUGGUUCACGCAAUCUAUGUUUUUGGACUUAUUUUGAUGAUGAGCAAAGCGUAAAUUACAGUCAAGCUGAAGCAAUAUGUGCAAAUGCGAACUCCACGAUUGCACCAAUUGCGAACGAGAAUAUAUACAACAAAAUUUUAGUAAAUAUGAGAUCUAAAUUCCCGUUCGACAUGUUUGUUAUUUCAAUGUGGAUAAAUUUGAAUGUCAAUACAACAAAUGGUGCCAUUAUCGGAACAUCUACAAACUACACGAAAUGGGCUAUAUAUCAACCCAGGAUUGGAAAUGAAUUCACCAUGUACACAAACGUAUUUCUACAAGCUCGGCUUACAACUUUUGCUUGGUGGGGUGAAGGCAUGUACAACGCACCGCCGACAUCUAAUUCGAAUGGUGUUGUUUGUAAACGCUGA